UGGAAGCCGCACCAUUGCAUGCUGAACACAAUCAGACUUGAAUGAGCGGCAAGCAGCGAAAUGCGCCUUCUGGCGAUUUUUGAUUGGUGUUGCUCAGAGCCACUGUCUUGAGCUCCAGCCAUCUUUUUCUGGGGCUUGUCGCUGUCAAAGUUGUAAAUGUUUCGCACCGAUCGAAGCUUCUGGAAGGCAUUCCUCAACUAGUACAACACGUUCGACCAAAGUUCAGCAGCGGAGACUAAAAUUCAGUUACACCAGGCUUCCCGAGAUCGCCUCUCAUGGUUCUUCCUUCCCUCUUUAACAGGUCGCCGUCAAAGAAGUCCAAAGACGCCACCCCGGCUCUCGCCCACCGAACCUCGUCAACGCCCAACUUGCAAGGCACCCCUCCAGUCUCGCCGGACAAAAAAUCGCACUCCCGCGUCAAGGAGCGGGAACGCACUAGCAGCAGCCGGCGCUCCUCCACAUUCUCGUCGAAGCGCUCGUCCAAGUACGACCCCGACACCCACCCACUAAAUUUGUCCCCGGAAGAGCGGCAGCGCUUGUCCUUCUCAGCCAUGUCAGCCAUGGAUGUUGACCGCGACUCAUCCUCGCCCGCACCGUCCAGCCCCGCUGCAGAGAUCCCCGGUGGCUUUCCCAGGACGAAUGGCACAAAUGGCGACCACGAGAGCCGUCCUGCUCCUCCGCCACACCGAUACACAAAAAGCCCGCCGCCGAACAGCGGCAAUUACGCUGCCACGCCCGAGGCUGCCACUCCGCCUGCGGAGAUGCCCACCAUAGACGCCGAGGAGUACAAGGCUGCGGGCAACAAGUUCUUCAAGAUUAAGGACUACCCUGCAGCCAUCAAGGAAUAUUCCAAGGCAAUCGAGGCUGACCCCAAGAAUGCCACCUACUACUCCAACCGCGCAGCCGCCUACAUCUCCGCCAACCGUUUCGCCGAGGCGCUGGGGGACUGCAAGACCGCCGACGAACUGGACCCAAACAACAUGAAGAUCAAGCUGCGACUGGGCCGUGUGCUCACCAGCCUGGGACGGCCAGACGAAGCGCUCCAGGUCUACCACUCGAUCAAUGCUACAGCGAAGGAUAUGCAGCCUGCGUUGACCAUGAAGAAGAACAUCGACAUGGCUGACCAGACCUCAAAGGACGGCGGUGGUGGCUCGAUGGUCAUCUACGCCCUCAACGAGGCUGAGAAGGGCCUCGGCAGUGGUGUCGAUCGCCCACGGAAAUGGCAGCUCCUGCGCGGUGAGGCUCAUCUGCGCAUGGGCAACGUCAAUGCUUUGGGAGAGGCUCAGAAUGUUGCCAUGUCGAUGCUGCGAAACAACAACCAAGACCCAGAUGCGCUCGUGCUCAGAGGCCGCGUCCUGUACGCCCAAGGCGAGAACGAUAAGGCGAUCCAGCACUUCAGGCAGGCACUGAGCUGCGAUCCUGACUUCAAGGAUGCUGUCAAGAACCUUCGCAUGGUGCAAAAACUCGAACGCAUGAAGGAGGAGGGCAACACUGCCUUCAAGGGCGGUCGAUUCCAGGCAGCCAUUGACACAUACGGCAAGGCUCUUGAAGUCGACCCGACAAACAAGUUCACAAACUCAAAGAUCCUGCAGAACCGUGCCCUAUGCCACUCCCGUCAGAAGAGCUGGUCGGCCGCGAUUGCCGACUGCGACAAGGCUCUUGAGCUGGACCCGAGUUACACAAAGGCGCGUAAGACAAGAGCGAAGGCACUGGGCGAGUCUGGCAAUUGGCAGGAGGCUGUCCGUGAUCUGAAGGCAAUCCAGGAGGAGAACCCGGCCGAGCCCGGCAUUGCUAAAGACAUCCGCAACGCUGAGCUGGAGGAGAAGAAGGCUCAGAGGAAGGACUACUACAAGAUUCUCGGCAUUGAGAAGGACGCCACAGAACAGCAGAUCAAGAAGGCUUACCGCAAGCUCGCCAUUGUACACCACCCCGACAAGAACCCAGGUGACGAGGAGGCUGCCGAGAGGUUCAAGGAGAUCCAGGAGGCGCACGAGACUCUCAGCGACGAACAGAAACGUGAACGAUACGACUCUGGCGCUGACCUCGUGGAUCCUUCCGAUAUGUUCGGUGGCGGCGGAAUGGGGGGUGGUAUGGGCGGAAUGGGCGGUGGCAUCGACCCCGAGAUUCUCAUGCAGAUGUUUGGAGGCGGUAUGGGAGGCGGACGUGGCGGCGGUGGCGGUGGUUUCCACUUCCAGGGCGGCGGCGGCGGCAACCCCUUCGGCGGCGCUGGUAUGGGUGGUGGCAUGCCUGGCGGCGGUCGCAGGGGCCAGCAAGGAGGGUUUCCAGGCGGCUUUUCGUUUUAAAGGGAACCUGCCUGAGCACACUUCCAGCUCGGCAUCGAUCCUCGUUCCUCGACAAACGGCCCACGGCAGCCACCCCAGUAACGUCCCGCACGAUCCACGAUCUACUUCACGAGCGCAUCUAUUGGCUUGGUUUACUUCCUUCGUGUCUAUACCACACAUUUGGUUCUACGCAUGGCGUUGGGUAAGGGAAGCGCGAGCUGCAGGCGCUAGUAGAAACAUAGACU